ACGAUGUAUCUCGAAGAUAGAACCGUCCGACUACAGCUGUGGGAUACGGCAGGCCAGGAACGAUUCCGCUCAUUGAUCCCGUCCUACAUCCGUGACUCCAGUGUCGCCGUCGUCGUAUACGAUAUAUCGAAUGCUAAAUCCUUCCAAAACACGCGGAAGUGGGUAGAUGAUGUUCGAGGCGAACGGGGCAACGACGUGAUUAUCGUCCUAGUGGGCAACAAGACCGAUCUUAACGACAAGCGCGAGGUCACUACGGCCCAGGGUGAAGAGGAGGCCAAGAAGAACGGCCUGAUGUUCAUCGAGACCAGUGCGAAGGUCGGCCACAACGUUAAGCAGCUGUUCAGGAGGAUAGCUCAGGCGCUUCCAGGAAUGGAGGGAGAGACCAGCAGAGGAGAGAGCCAGAGUAUGUGCUUCCGGUCCCAGUCCUUUAUCGUGGUAAAACUAACUUGCGUUCCCCAGUGAUCGAUGUCAACAUCAACAAC